UCCGGGGAAGUUGACACUUGCUUCGGGGCCUCCGACUCGCGGGGAACCCGUUGCUCUGCUGCGUUCUCUCUCUCCCCUCAGGUGCAGCCCUAUGGAGGCCUUCCUGGCCCAGCUGUGCGGCACCAGCCGGUCGCAGCCGCUGCCCGUGUGGGAGGGAGACGCCGCCGGCCGCUGCUUCAUCCAGCUGGGGCUCGGCGCCCUGCCCCACGCGCUGCUCGCGGUGCUCAGUGCCUGCCAUUGGGGCACGCCCAGGAAUCCACAUUACAACCUGCCCUGCAGUCCUGGCUGGAGGCUCCGUCUCAUAACCUCCAUCCUGCUCUCCAUCUUUCCUCUCUUAGACUUCCUCCCAGCUGCUUUGCCACCAGGGGCUGGCCCGGGGCCCAUAGGAUUGGAGGUGCUUGCCGGUGGCAUGGCAGUGGUGGCCUGGCUCAGCCAUAGUGUGACCCUGUGGGUGUUGUCCCACUCCCCGCAUGCCUGCUCCCGUGGCCCUUUGGCCUUGGCUCUGACUGCCCUCCUGCCAGCCCCAGCCCUUGUUCUGACCCUGCACUGGCACUGCCAGAGAGGAACACUUCUGCCCCCUCUUCUCCCAGGACCCCUUUCCCGCUUCUGCCUUCUCAUUCUGCAGCUCACUGCCCUCCUGGCCUAUGGGCUGGGCUGGGCCUUCCCUGGGGGCACACGGGAACCUUGGGUUCAGGAGCUCCUCCUGCCUGAGGAACUGGAACGAGAGAUAGCUGAAGACGGGGAGAGUUGGCUGUCUCGCUUCUCCUACACUUGGCUGACCCCCUUGCUGGCCCGUGGAGCCCGAGGAGAGCUCCAGCAGCCCCAGGACACGUGCCGUCUCCCCUCUAGACUGCAUCCCACCUACCUCACCCAGUUGUUCCAGGCCCACUGGCAGGAGGGAGCCCAGCUGUGGCGGGCUCUGUAUGGGGCCUUUGGGCAGCGCUACUUGGCCCUUGGGGUGCUGAAGCUGGUGGGCACCAUGCUGGGAUUUUCUGGGCCGCUAUUACUGUCCCUCCUGGUGGGCUUCCUGGAGGAAGGACAGGAGCCUCUGAGCAAUGGUGUGCUCUAUGCCCUGGGGCUCUCUGUUGGAGCUGUGCUGGGGGCAGUGCUGCAGAAUCAGUAUGGGUUUGAGAUCAGGAAGGUGACGCUGCAGGUGCAGGGGGCCGUGAUGAGCAUCCUGUACCAAAAGGCUCUGCAAUUGGGGCCCCAGCGCCCCCCUACGGGGGAAGCCCUUAACCUGCUAGGCACAGACUCAGAGCGCCUACUUAACUUCGCGGGGAGCUUCCAUGAGGCCUGGGGCCUGCCCCUGCAGCUGGCCAUCACCCUCUACCUGCUCCAUCAUCAGGUGGGCGUAGCCUUUGUAGGGGGGCUGGUUCUGGCCCUGCUGCUGGCACCUGUCAACAAAGUGAUCGCCACCCGCAUCAUGGCCAGCAACCAGGGGAUGCUCCAGCACAAGGAUUCUCGGGUGAAGCUUAUGGCAGAGCUGCUGACUGGCAUCCGAGUCAUCAAAUUCUUUGGCUGGGAGCAGGCACUGGGGGCGCGUGUCGAGGCCUGCCGGGCCCGAGAGCUGGGCAGGCUCCGGGUCAUCAAGUACCUGGACGCAGCCUGUGUGUACCUGUGGGCCGCCCUGCCUGUUGUCAUCUCCAUUGUCAUCUUUAUCACCUAUGUCCUUAUGGGCCACCAACUCACGGCUACUAAGGUGUUCACGGCCUUGGCUCUGGUGCACAUGCUCAUUCUUCCCCUCAAUAACUUCCCCUGGGUCAUCAACGGCCUGCUGGAGGCCAAAGUGUCCUUGGACCGGAUUCAGCACUUUCUCGACCUUCCCAACCAUAACCCCCAGGCCUACUACAGUCCAGAUCCACCUGCAGAACCUUCUACCGCUGUGGAGCUGCAUGACGCGCUGUUCUCCUGGGAUCCAGCUGGGACCAGCCAGGAGACCUUCAUCAGUCACCUGGAUGUGAAAAAGGGUAUCCUGGUGGGCAUUGUGGGGAAGGUGGGCUGCGGGAAGAGCACGUUGUUGGCUGCCAUCGCCGGGGAGCUCCACAGGCUGCGUGGUCGGGUGGCAGUGUCUGGACUGUCCAAGGGCUUCGGCCUGGCCACCCAGGAACCCUGGAUCCAGUUUGCCACCAUUCGUGACAACAUUCUGUUUGGAAAGACAUUUGAUGCCCAGCUCUACAAAGAAGUGCUGAAGGCCUGUGCGCUCAAUGAAGACCUCAGCAUCCUGCCUGCUGGGGACCAGACAGAGGUGGGGGAGAAGGGUGUGACUCUCAGCGGGGGACAGCGGGCCCGGGUUGCUCUUGCUCGAGCCGUCUACCAGGAGAAGGAGCUCUACCUGCUUGAUGACCCUUUGGCUGCGGUGGACGCCGACGUGGCCAACCACUUGAUGCAUCACUGCAUCCUCGGCCUGCUGAGCCACACCACACGGCUGCUCUGCACCCACCGCACCGAGUACCUGGAGAAGGCCGAUGUGGUGCUGCUCCUGGAGGCUGGUCGCCUCGUCCGGGCAGGGCCUCCUGCUGAGAUCCUGCCCUUGGUGCAAGCUGUGCCUCCAGUCUGGGCUGAGGAUGGACAGAAUUCAGACUCCGGUUUGGAUCCACCGGUGCGGAAGCCAGAGAAAACGGAGGGGCUGCAACUAGAGGAGAGCACGUCAGGGGGCCUUCUGCAGAAAGAAAGCAAGAAGGAGGGUGCCGUGGCCUUCCAUGUGUACCGCGCUUACUGGAGGGCCGUGGGCUCGGCCUUGGCCCUGGCCAUCCUCUUCUCCCUACUCCUCAUGCAAGCCACACGCAAUGGAGCAGACUGGUGGCUCUCCUACUGGAUCUCGCAGCUGAAGGCCGAUGGGAAUCACUCCCUGGAGUCCUCAGCCCCCAGCAGCCCCCAGGUUGCUGCCCCCCAACUCCUCUCUGCUCGCCUCCUCCUCUUCUCCCCAGGCAACCUCUACACCUCCGUGUUCCCACUGCCCAGAGCUGCCCCCAACGACUCCUCCCCAGACGUCCGCUUCUACCUCACUGUCUACGCCAGCAUCGCGGGCAUCAACUCACUGUGUACGCUGCUGCGGGCGGUGUUGUUCGCAGCCGGCACGCUCCGGGCCACGGGCAUGCUCCACCGCCGCCUGCUGCAACGCGUCCUCCAGGCACCCGUGACUUUCUUUGAAGCCACACCCACAGGCCGUGUCCUUAACCGCUUCUCCUCCGACGUGGCCUGCACCGAUGACAGCCUGCCCUUCAUGCUCAACAUCCUCCUGGCCAACGGCGCCGGCCUGCUGGGCCUCCUGGCCGUGCUGGGCUCCGGCCUGCCCUGGCUGCUGCUCCUGCUGCCGCCACUGGGCUUCCUCUAUUACCACAUUCAGCGCCACUACCGGGAGUCCUCCCGGGAGCUGCGGCGCCUCUGCAGUCUCACCCUGUCGCCCCUCUACACCCACCUGGCCGACACUUUGGCUGGCCUCCCCGUGCUCCGGGCCACAGGGGCCAGUGACAGGUUUGAGGACGAAAACCAGAGACUCCUGGAGCUGAACCAGAGGUGCCAGUUUGCCUCCAGUGCUGCCCAGCAGUGGCUGGACAUCCGGCUGCAGUUGAUUGGGGCUGCAGUUGUCACCGCCAUCGCCACGAUCGCCCUGGUACAGCACCAGCAGGGCCUUGCCGACCCAGGACUGGUUGGCCUGUCGCUAUCUUAUGCCCUGUCGUUGACUGGGCUGCUCUCAGGUCUGGUGAGCAGCUUCACCAGGACGGAGGCAAUGCUGGUGAGUGUGGAGCGGCUGGAGGAGUACUCCUGCGACCUGCCCCAGGAGCCCCACGGACAUCUGCUGCAGCUGGGCCUCGACUGGCUGACCCAGGGCAGCGUGGAGUUUCAGGAUGUGGUGCUAGUGUACCGGCCAGGACUGCCCAAUGCCCUGGAUGGGGUGACCUUCUGCGUACAGCCCGGAGAGAAGUUGGGUAUCGUGGGUCGCACAGGCUCCGGCAAGUCUUCCCUGUUCUUGGUGCUCUUCCGGCUGCUGGAGCCCAGCUCUGGCCGAGUGCUGCUGGACGGCGUGGACACUGGGAAGCUGGAGCUGGCUGAGCUCAGAUCCCAGCUGGCGAUCAUCCCCCAGGAUCCCUUCUUGUUCAGCGGGACUGUUCGGGAGAACCUGGACCCACGGGGGCUGCAGGAGGACGGGGCACUGUGGCAGGCCCUGGAGCAGUGUCACCUGAGUGAAGUGAUCACAGCCGCAGGUGGUCUGGAUGGUGAGCUGGGCGAGGGGGGCCGGAGCCUGUCCCUGGGGCAGAGACAGCUGCUGUGUCUGGCCAGGGCUCUUCUCACAGAUGCCAAGAUCCUGUGCAUUGACGAGGCCACAGCGAGCGUGGACCAGAAGACAGACCAGCUGCUGCAGGAGACCAUCUGCAGGCGCUUUGCCAACAAGACGGUGCUCACCAUUGCUCACAGGCUCAACACAAUUCUGAACUCAGACCGGGUGCUGGUGCUCCAUGGCGGGAGAGUGGCUGAGCUGGACUCCCCGGCGGCCCUCCGCAGCCGGCCCCACUCCCUGUUCCAGCAGCUGCUGCAGGGCAGCAGCUCUCACUGAGCCCUGCACCACUCCUGUCGCUCCUGCUGAGCUUCUGCCCCUCACUCGGGAGCCAGCAUGCUGGUUCACUCAUCGUUCUCCUUGAGGGGAGAUUGUUGCUCUAGGGUUGGAGGUCAUGUGUGAUGUGCACAGGUCCUGGGCUUGAACCUCGUUUCACACUCCAUGAUUUUUCGAGCACUACCAGGUGCUGCCCCACAUCCCAGUACUUCCAGGGAGUUCCCCCAAGACAUUCUCCUCCUGGAUUCUACCUCUCUCUCACUUCCCCCAAGGGGAGAAGGGACCCUGGAUUCCUCUCCAAACGUUUUUAGCGCGGGAGAUGGGCAGGCCAUGUGCUCUCUAACCAAGAUGUUCCCAGCCUCCCAAGUUCCUCUCUGGGAAUUUGCCUACUAGAGGGGGUGGGUGCUCUGAGGCUCCCCAAUUCCCCCACACCCCUCGGCUCAGCCUCUCAUGCAUCCCCCUCCUGUGCGGGCUUCUAGCACAGGAACUCCCCUGGGUUUUUCUGAGUUUUAUUUGAUAAAAUUCCCGUUGUACA